AAGGGGCUGCUUUCAGAAAAUGUAAUCCCUCACUCCACAUUACUUCGCAAGGUCACUUCCCCAAGACGAGACAGGGGGUUUCCUCAAUCAAAGCAAAUUCCUUUUCUGCUUUCAAGAAUUCGUUGGCUUUAUAAAAAAUACCUUCGCAAGGAUGGUUGGAAUGGAGGUGGACCGACAGUACUAGCUUCGUCUCCACCGACCGAUAUUGGUGGGAUAGUUGAAAGAGGUGGAAGUGGCGAGCAGCGACAUUGUUUCCAU